AAAAAAACAAAAUUAGUAGGAACAGGAGUAGGUAAUGAGGGUGCCAGCUGUUACACCAUAUCACUCUUCUUCCUCUCUCUAUCAUCGUCUUUUCUGCUCACUUUCUUGCUUCAUUAGGGUUUCCUUUUUCCGAUCCAUGCUUCACUGUUUCACACUAACAACAACUCUCACUCUCUCUCAUAUUAAACGAUCUUAAGCUUGGAGUUGGAGGUAGUAGUUUGCUUCAUCUCUAUGUGCUGCCAUUUGACUUUUCACCGGCAACGAUUUGGUUCUUCGGUAUAAAAACUCAAUGUUACCAGAGGGCUAGGAAGUUAUGGGCAGCUAUCAGGAUGCUAAUUAUUAUAGAGGUUCUUUGUGCUGUCGGCUAAUUUUAGUUGUCAUCUGGCUUCCUACUUUUCUAGAUGUGACAGCACACAAAACACAUGCUGACCAUAGGCAAAUUACUUCUCUGGUAGAGUUAGCUAAAGAACCUACUUCCGGUGAGUCUGGACUCUUUGAGCCCAUAGAAAUAUCACCCGCUGUCAUACCUAAAGUUCCAUUUCCCACUGAGUCUAUCCCACCAAUGUAUCCUACUUUCCCAACCAGAUAUGAUCCAGUUUUAACUGGUAAAUGCCCUGUGAACUUUUCAGUGCAAGAAAUAUCAAAUAUCCUUGAUAAAACUGCAUUAGAUUGUUCUGGCCCUUUGGCAGCCCUUGUAGGGAAUGUAAUAUGUUGUCCACAGUUUAGUAGCUUAGUCCACAACUUCCAGGGUUUCUUCAGCAUGAAAUCCGAUAAUCUGGUUUUGCCAAAUGCAGUUGCCGACCAUUGUUUUUCUGAUAUUAUUAGUAUCCUAGCCAGCAGAGGGGCAAAUAGUACGAUCUCCACACUUUGCUCCAUAAAAUCAUCUAAUUUAACAGGGGGCUCAUGCCCUGUGAAGGAUGAUUCUACUUUUGAGAAAACAGUUAACACAACUAAAUUAGUCGAGGCCUGCAAAACUGUUGAUCCACUUAAAGAGUGUUGCAGACCUGUCUGUCAGCCUGCAAUUAUGGAGGCAGCACUUCAGGUUUCUGGCCGACAGAUGAUGAUCAAUAAUAAUGACAAUUUGGCUGGGGAAAUCAAUCACACUGAUUAUCUAAAUGAUUGCAAAGGUGUAGUUUAUUCAUAUCUUUCCAAAAAACUAUCACUUGAGACUGCUAAUAAAGCAUUCCGAAUACUAUCUGCAUGCAAAGUCAACAAAGUUUGUCCUUUGACUUUUAAGGAGCCUUCAGAUGUAAUUGCUGUAUGUCAGAAUGUGGCUGCCCCUAGUCCUUCCUGCUGCAGUUCAUUGAACACAUAUAUUGCAGGGAUACAAAAACAAAUGUUAAUUACCAAUAAACAAGCUAUAAUAUGUGCAACACAAUUUGGAUCUAUGUUACGUGGAGGUGGGGUGAUGACAAAUGUUUACGAGCUUUGUGAUGUCGAUUUGAAAGAUUUCAGCAUACAAGCAUUUGGACAGCAAGAGUAUGUAGGUUGUCUACUUCGAAGCUUGCCUGGAGAUGUGAUAUUUGACAAUUCCUCAGGCAUUAGCUUUACAUGUGAUUUAAGUGACAAUAUUGCUGCGCCCUGGCCCUCAUCAUCUUCAUUUACAUCUCUAUCACUCUGUGCACCUGAGAUGUCAUUACCAGCAUUACCGAUUUCACAGUCGUUGAAAAACAUUGGUUGUAUUUCUGCUGGAGUGGGAUUCCUUGCGAAUAUAUUUUCAUUUUUCAUCUUCAGUACUGUUGUAUUGAGAUUUUAGGGUUUUGAAGUGUGUUCGGAAGGCAUUUCAAAGUGUCUAUGGUGUGGGUUUUGCAUGUAUAUUUUUUAAUGGCCUCAUUGUAUAGCAUCCUUUCCCCCUCUUUCCACGUCUCUUCUGCUUGUAUGAUCAUUCCUGAGUUGGUGCUUAUUUUAUUUAGGAUCCAUAGUUUUGCUGUGAAGGGUUGGAUUGGUUUUGUGAUGAAAUGCAGCCAAGCACAGGAGAGAUUAACACA